AUGUUGCAUUUACAAAGGUCAACAAUAUCUGAUAUUGAGAAUAUAGAAUAUAUUUUGAAGAAGAAAGAUUAUAGUGGUAUAAAAACAAAUCAAGACAUAAAGAAGAUAUUUAAAGAUUUAGGUAGUGCGUUCCGAAUUUUUGGUGAGUCUUUAAAAAAGAUUCAUAAUGAUGGAAAUACAAUUAUAUGUAAUAUAAAAAAGAAGAAAGAAAGUGAUAAAGAAAAGUUAGAUGAAAAUGUAUAUCUUGUAGAUUGUUUCACAAAUGUUAUUUCAGUUAUAAAACAUAUGUAUGAAGAAAAUAUAUCAGCUAGUGAAGAGAUAGAAAAAAAUAUAGUUGAUGAAUUUGAAAAGGAAGAAAAAGAAAGGAUAGAAGAUAUUAAUGAUAUAUAUAAAGAGGAAACUAAUUUAAAAGAUAAUAUAGAAAAUGAAGAUAGUGAUAAUUAUAAUAAUGAUAAUUAUAAUAAUGAUAAUUUUAAUAAUGAUAAUUAUAAUAAUGAUAAUAUUAAUAAUGAUAAUUUUAAUAAUGAUAAUUUUAAUAAUGAUAAUAUUUAUAAUGAUUUAUCUAUUGAUGAAUAUGUGAAAAAUGAUGUAUGCAUAGAAAAUAUACCUAUAAUACAUUUAGAUAAUUAUUUAAAAAAAUGUUUAGAAAAAAGUGAAUUCACAAAUGAAUAUGUAAAUCAUCCAAAAUAUGCAAAUUACUUUUCAGAAUUUUCUAAAUUAGAUCUUAAGUUAGAAAAAGAAAUACAUUCUUUUAAAGAAAUCAUAGGUAAAUUUGCAAAGAAUGCAAGUAAACAUCUUAUAAAUAAAUCACAUGAAAGGAUACAAGCCAUAUAUAUAAAAAAAAAAGAAAUAUUAUCUUUCUUAUAUGAAAAUAUUGAUGAAUUGAAACUUAAUAAAAAUAAUAUCAUUUGUAAUAAGGAUAUCUCGUUCAACAAACAUCAAAAUGAAGAAAAAAAAAAAAAAAAAAAUGUCAAUUUUGAAAAUAAAAGUGGAAAAACAUAUGAUAAACUUUCAUAUAAAAAAAAAAAAAGAAAUAAUAAAAUACAAGAUCAAAGUCUUUAUUUAGAAAAAUUCGAAAUAAGAGAAAAAUAUAGAAUAGAAAAAAUAUAUUCUAGCUUUAGAACAUUUAUUAAAUUAUUAGCCUUAAAACAUAUACGUAUAAAUAAAGUUAUAUAUGAAACGUCAAAAGAAAUAAGCUCUUAUGAUUCUUUAAUAGAUUAUCAACAAUGGUUAAGUAUUAUUUUAAAAAAAAAUAUUGAUAUAGGUAAUUUACAAGAGUGUAUUCAAAAUAAUAAUAUAUUAUCAAAGGAAGAAGAAUUUAUGUUAAUGCCAUCAGAAACAAAUAAUAGUCCUAAUACUUAUAUAAUGAAUUUAUUAGAAAAAGUACAAUAUAGCGCUCCACAUUUUCUAAAGGGGGAAUUGAUUUUUAAUGAGAAUAAAAAAGAGAAAUUAAAAAUACAAGAAGAUCAUGAUAAUAAAAAAAAUAAAGAAAAUGACAUAUCAUUUGAAAAAAAUGAAAAUACUAUUAAAAUUGAUCAAGAUGAUAUGAUAAAUACUCAAUUGAAUGAUAACAAAAAUGAUAGUACACCAAUUUUAAGUAGAGAAGAAAAAUGUAAUUUUGAAAAAAAUGUAAAUAAAAGUGAAGGAAUAAAUUCUCAUAGGGAUAGUCAAUUCCCCGAUAUAUUUUAUAUCCCUAUAAUAAUAAAACAAAAUGAUAUUGAUGAAAUAAAAUCUGUAUGUCACAAUGUCAAUGACCAAGAACAUUAUAAUGAUCAUAUUAAUAGUUGUGUAACAAAUAAAUAUGUAAAUAAAGGUAUAGAUGGACAUGAAGAUAUUUAUAUAGAUAAAAUAUUAUAUAAUAAUAUAAAUUAUUGUAGUAACUUAAAUAUGAAUAUAUAUUUUAAGAAAGAUAUGGAUAGAUAUAAUGGAAACAAUAUUGUUACAUUUUAUAAGAAUAGACAAAAGUGUUAUGAGAAAUAUCUUUUACAGUUUAAUGAUUUAAAUAUGUUAUCUUAUAUUUAUAAAAAUAAAAAUAUCAAAACAGAUAAUAAUGAUAAUUAUAUUCAUAAUAAUAUUAUUGAUGAUAGUUCUAUUUUAUUUGAUAAUAAAAAUUUCCAAAGUUUUUUUUAUGAAGAAAGUCAUAAUUUUUAUCCAUAUAAAAUUCCUAGCUGUAUUAGUAAUAAUUUUUCAAUAUUUCAAAAAAUUAAUUCGCAUAAUAAUAAUGAAUCUUAUAAUAUGGAAGAAUAUGACAUCGAUGAAAAUGAUUAUAAAUUGAUGUCUUAUGAAUCUCUUCUUUUAGUAUAUUAUUUUUUGUCAACCCAAUUAAAUUGUUAUUUCUUAUAUGAUAUAGGUAGCCAAAAUAAGAUUAAUAAAUAUAUGUAUAAAGAAAUAUGUGACAAAUAUUCAGAUACCCUAAAUGCUUUAUUUAGAAAUGAUGAAAGUUAUUUGAAUAAAGAGGAUAUAAAGAAAGUAGAUGAUAAGAAGAAUAUAUUAUCAUUACCUACAGAUUCGUAUGAGAAGGAAAAAUUUGAAAAAUAUCAAAAGUAUGAAAAGUAUGAAAAGUAUAUUAAGUGCAAUAAUAAUAAUAAUACAGAAAAUGUAAAAAAGAAAGAUAAAAAAAUUAACGACUAUUUUGAAUAUAUAGAUUAUAUAUAUAAUGUAAAACUUCAAAAUUUAUUACUUAUAAAAAGAUUAAUAAGUAUAUUUAGAAAUAAAUUAUAUUUAAAUUCAAGGAACAAUGAUUUGAUAACUAUGUUAACUAUUCCUAAUCAUUAUAUGAAUUAUGGAUAUAAAUAUUCUUUUCAUGUUCUUGAUAUUAGAUUUAGGCUUAUGCGUUUGUUGGAGAGUUUGCAAUAUAAUGAUUUAUUUGAUUGUAAUGAUCAAAAUGGAUUAUCUAAGGAAGGAGAUAAAAAUAAUAAAAAAAAUAACCACAACAACAACAAUAAUAAUAAUAAUAAAUAUAAUAGCAAUAGUAAUAAUCCAUUAUACAUAUAUUUAUCUUGGGUAAGACGACAACUGCAUUUAUUGUAUAUGUCGUUAUAUUUCAAGUUUAAACGUUUUAUGAUAUUCAUACCAUAUUUUUAUAAUAUAUAUAAAAUAUAUAAUAAUAAUAUAAUGAGUGAUGAAGAAGAAUAUGAUAUAUUUAAGGGGAAUGAAAAUUAUUUUACAUAUACAAAUAAAUGUAAGGAUGAAAAUAAUUCUUUUGUAAGAUAUAUAAAAAAUGUUGAGAAAAAAAUCAAAAAAAUUCAUUAUUUUAUAUUAUCUCAAAAGGGUAAUGUUAAUUAUAAUAUGCAGCAUAUUAUGAAUGAAAAUAUAAUAAAUGAUGAUAAUAAUGUGCAUUAUAUAAAUUUUAGCUGCCUAAAUAGUGAUGAAAAGAUUGUUUUUUUUUCUUAUUUAUUACUAAAAAAUUUAAUAAAAUCCUUUCGAAUUGUGUUAUUAUUAAAAUCAUUGAUAAAAGAAAAUAUAUGGAAUAAAGGUAAAGUAGAUGAAAAAUUAAAGUUGACAAAUCUUAUAAAAUAUUUCACAAAGAUUGAAUGUUAUGAUAAUGAAAUAAAAAAUGUUAUAUAUAAUUCGUUUAGUAAUCCACAUAUGUCUAAUAUGGAUCAUAAUGAUGAUAAUAUAAAGAAUACUUCUAUUGAAGUAGAAGAAAAAUAUAAAUUUGAAACAAUGAAGAGCGAAGACAGUUCUAUAAUAUAUACUACAAAUAAUAAUAUGUGUGGAAUAAAUAAUAUGUGUGUUACUUCUAAUAUAUAUGAUACAUCUAAAAGGGAUUAUAACAAAUAUAUAUGUAAUAAUAAUAUUAAUGUCUGUUAUAAUAAUAUGAGUAAUUCUUUUGAGUAUAAUAAAUUGUAUGUCGAUAGUUCCAAAAAAAAUGUAAAAAAUGAAGAGCAAAAUGUUUAUGAUAAAGAACAAAAUAAAAAUGAAAACACACAUAUAUGUAAAAGUAUUGACAAUGAUGAACUUUUUAAAAAUAUAUUCUUGAAUGAAUGUAUUAUAAAAAAAAAGAAGAAUAUAAAAAAGAGAGUUUUCUACAAAUUAAAUGUAGAAACAGUUUUGAGUUCUUCUUGGUUUCUUGACAGAAUAUUAAUACAUUUAUUUUUAUAUUUCUAUACCUCAUGUAUGAUAGAUAAAAAUUCAAAAGAAAAAAUAUUUUUUGAUGCACCAUAUAUUAUGCAAGGUAUUAUUAUGGUUAUUCAUUAUUUGUUGGCAGGAAAUGAUUUAACCCUAAGGAACCAAAAAAAAACAAAUAUAAAUAAAGAGUAUAUUAAAGAAAGUGAAACUGUAUAUAAUAAAUAUAAAGAAGCAGCAUCUACAAAUAUGACACAUAUGACAAAUAAUAAUAAUAAUAAUAAUAUUAAUAGUUGUAGUAAUAUUUAUGGUGACCCAUAUAAACAAUAUGAUAUCCAAAGUAUCUAUAAUACUUAUAAUGAUGGACUAGAAUCCACCUUAAUACCCAUGAAUACUUUUAUCCUUUACUUUGUCAUACACCUGUUUUAUUCCUUUUUUGAUAAAAACACACUCACAUUAUAUAAUAACAAUGAAUAUAAAACUUAUGAGUUAUUCUUAAAGAAACAAAGUCAUGAGAACAAAAAAGAAAAUACAUUAGACGAUUUAUUAAACCAGUCAUCCGCAAAUAAUAUGACAAAUGAAAUUAUCACUGUACAAAUGGCUAGCAGAUUUUUCUUUCUUAUAAAAAAUUUUGAACAGUUCUUAUCAUCUAGAUCAAUAGAUGAAAAUAAUACAUUUGCAAAUAAUACAAAGAAACGUACUAGUGUAAAAAAUAUAAAAUUGAAAAAGCAUGAACUUUAUUCAGACAAUGGAGAUAAUGAUUAUUCAUGCACAGAUAAACAUCUCAAAAAUAAAAAAAAUAAAAAAUAUCUACAUGAACAUAAUAAUAAUAAUACUAAUCAGAAUUAUAUUUAUGAUAAAGAAGAAAAAAAAAAAAUGAAAAAAAAAAAAAAAAAAAAAAAAAAAAAUUUAUUCUGUUCAAACGUACCUGAAGGUACUAAUAACUCAUUUAAUGAUCCAUUUAUUAUGGACGAAAAAUUUGUUAAGGAUAUAGAAACUAAAAAAAUAAAAGAAGAAGAAUAUAAGAAUGAUAUAAUUUAUUUGAGGAGAUAUUAUAAUAUAAAAAAAUUUUUUAAUUAUGAUCAUUUUGAAAAUUUAAUAAGUUGUUAUGUUCCUAAUAUUUUUUCAUACUAUUUAAAUGAACAUAUAUUUUCAAAAGAUUAUAUUCUUUUUGAUAGGAUAACAUUAAAUAAUGAAAUAUAUAUGAUUGAUGAUAAUAAAAAAAGUAUCAUGUGUGAUAAGGACGAGAAAAAGGAGAUACAUUUCAAAGUGUCAAACAAUAUUUAUGAUGAAGAAGCUUCUUAUGAGAAUACCAGAAAUUCUUAUUAUUUUAUGUGUGGUUCAUUGAAGAAAGAGAAUUAUAAAAGAAAAACAAAUGAAUAUAUUGAUAUUAAAAAUUAUAAUAAUAAUAAAGAAAAUUAUUUUAAUAGUAGUAAUAGUUCUUCUAAUAGUACCAAUAAUUGGAGCUCAAGUAUUUCUAGUAGUAGUAGUAAUAGUAGUGAUAGUAUAAAUAGUAAUAAAAAAAAAUUAAACUAUAACAAUAAUAAUGAUUAUCAUUAUAAUAAUUUUAAUGAUGAUGUAUAUAAUAAUAUAGAAAAGAAUAACAAUUUAACUUCAAAUUGUAAUAAUCUUAUUAUAAAAUAUAAAAAUAAUAAUGAAUUAUCUUACAUAUCACUCAUAGAAAUAUCAAGAAUAGAGAAAGUUAUGAUUGAUAUAUUUUUAAUGAGAAUUUUAAGUUGUGAUUUUCGUAAUUAUUUCUUCCUCAUUUUUUGUAAUUAUAGAAAAUUUAUUGAUAUGUAUUCGUUACCAUAUAUGUUAGAUGUAUUUAUUAUGCUUAAUAAAUUUUUUACUAUAAAUAAUAAUAAUAUAAUAGACAAAUGUAAUAAUAAUAAUAUGUUUAAUAUAUAUAAUGAAUGCAGUAGUGGGGGUGAAGGGGAAAACCCAAAAAAAAAAAAAAAAAAAGAGAGCAAUCAAGAUGUAGAUAUGAUUAAUUCAUUGGAAAGGAUUAAUAUACAUAAGCAUAAGAAGGAACAAGAAAAUAAUAGAAAAAUAUCUGGAUUUGAACUUUUUUGUAAUAUUCAAAUUGACGAUCAGCAAAAUAAUAAAAUAAAUGUAAAAGGAGGAGAUGAAAAAAAAGAGGAUAAUAUACAAUUAGAACAUAUAAAUAGUAUAGAAAAAACAGAAGAAAGUGAUAUCUAUAAGAUAAAACAUAAUAAUACCAAUAAUAUUGAAAAGGAAAUGUAUAAUAAAUAUAUUUGUGGUGAACAAUUUAAUAAACAUAAAUAUAUGUAUAUAGAUUGUAUGAACGAUGCCAUGAAAUAUGUAGAGAAAGAAAAUAACAAAAUAAAUAUGGAUGAAAAUAGGAACAAUAAGAAAAAUGAAAAGUUUGAUAAAAAUAAAGAUUUAAAUAAUGGUGAUAUAUUAUAUAUGAACACAUUUGAUGUACAUGGAAAUUCAAAUUUGUCGGGAUAUGAAAAGCUGUCUACUUAUUUUAAAUAUUUUAUCUUCUCAAGUGCCAAAAAUAUUUUUUAUAAUAUAUUAUGUGGAAUAAAAGAUGAUAUUGCUUUGAAGGAUACUUAUGUCGAUGAAGAAAAUAUUUUAAUACAUGAAAAUAAUGGUAAUAAUAUUUUAAAUAGGAUUAAUACAAAUGGUGAUUGUAAGGAAAUGAUUAAUAGUCAAAAAUGUAGUGAUGGUUAUCAUCAUGGUGAUGAUAUGAUGAAUGUCCAAAACGAUAACACAAAUAAGGAUAAUAUAGAAAAAAACAUUUGUGAUGACAAAAAAAAAAAAAAAAAAAAAAAAUUUUGCAAUGUUAUAAUAUCUAAUGCUAUGUUAAACGAAUAUGUUAAUAUAAUAAAUAAAUAUAUUAAUGAAAUAAUUAUGGAAAUAUUAUUUUUUACAAAUAUAUGGAAACAUUAUUUAUCCUUAGAAGAACAUCCUAGAAUUGUUUUAUUUGCUGCUAACAAAACUUUAUAUUAUGAAGUAUUAAAGUUUAUAAAAAAUAACAAAAAAAAAACAGACGAAGAAUCAUUUAAACAAUCAUUAUCUAUUAUAGUAUCUUUAUAUAAUUUUAAUUUAUUAAAUAAAGAAAUAGUUUUACAAACAUAUACUUAUGAAACAAGACAUAUAAUAAAAAAUGAUGUAUUAAAAAAAAAUAGUAGUAUAUUAUUAAAUGAUGAACAUAAUAAGUAUUAUUAUAUGGGUAGUAAAAGUGUUCAUGAAUAUAAAUUAAGAAAUGGAAGUAAAGUCUUUAAUGAGAAAAUUAAAACUAAAAUAUUAAAUUAUUAUGAAAAUCGAAAUUCUGUUCGAUUUAAUAUAAAUGAAAAUAUUAAUAAUAAUAUUGAAAAAGAAAUUGAUAAUAAAGAAAAAAACAAAAUAGAUAAAAUAGAUUUAUCAUUAAAUGAUAAUAAAAAUAAUUCAGUUUGUAAUAUAAAAGAAAAUUCUAAUGAAGAUGAUAUGUUUAUAAAUUUAUCUCUUAUUAUUUCAAAUUCUAAUGAUCCAUAUAUGGUUAAAUUAAUGUUUAAAUUAGAGAAAAUAUUCAUAAAAUUUAUUGAUAAGAAAUUACAAGAAAAUAAAAAUUUAUUAUCAGAAUGUUUAAAAAAUGAAAAACUAAUUCCACUUAAUGCACCUGAUAUUAUGUAUAAUUCAACUACUGUUGAUAUAUUUACAAUUAUCUCUCAUAUUUUAGAAGCCCUUUUUGAAUAUAAAUGUCCUGUUGAAUGGAUUAUUACACCCUUCUUAGAAUUUCUUAAUAAUUUUAUAAAUGAUUAUUGUGAAAAUUAUAAAAAAAGAUAUACUUCCUUUAUCAUUUCAGUACUUAAUCAAUAUGCUGAUAAAUAUUUUAAUGAUCUCUUAAAUUUAAAUGAACAACAAAAAAUACAAUGGAAUAAAUAUUCAACAGAUAAUAAAAAGAAAAAAUAUAAAAAAAAAGAAAAUCAUGAUACAAACGUUAAGGAAAAUCUUACCAUUUUUAAAAAAAAUGAUCAUGAUCUUACACAAAAUAAUCAAGAUAUUGAAGAAGACCAAGAAGAAGAAAUUUUUGACGAUAAUAUUCAUGAAGAAUAUAAAGAUGCUCAUGAAAUUACUAAAAGAAUCAGACAUAAAAAUAAAAAAAAAACAAAUGUUUUUUAUAAAUUAUUCGAUUAUGAAGAAAUAGAUUCUAUCAUAAAAAACAAAAUAGAUGAAAUAUUAACAGAUAAAAAUGACGAAUCCAUAUCUAAAACAUCAAAUAAUAAUCUACAACAAAAUAUGAAUCAUAAUAAUAUAAAUCAUUAUAAAAAAAAUACAAAAAAAAAAAAUCAUAAAGUACCAGAAAAUGGUAAUGAUGCUCCAACAACAAAUGAUGAUUAUGAUAAUCAUAGUGAAAAUAAAAACAAAACAGAUGGUUCCUAUAUGAGUGAUGAUUUAAUUAAUAUUAUUGAUGAAAUUAAUUUCCUAUUUAAUGACUCAGAUUUAUCCAAUUCUUUAGUUAUUACAUGGAAUUUAUAUUUCUUCUCAGAACAAUUACCAUUAAUAAAAAAAAAAUUCGAAAAAUAUAUAUUACAAUAUGUAUGCACAAGAACCAAAAAUGUAGAAACCAUUAGUCAAAUUUUUGAUGAACAACUUUAUUUUAAUAUAACACAAGAUAAAUUACAAACAAAUUUUUAUACAAAAACUAUAUUUGAUGUAUUAGAUAUGUCAAUAAAUAAUAUUAAAAAUACAUUAAACAAUACACUCUAUUUUAUUUUUAAAGUAUUAUCUAUUAGAAUUAUAUGUUAUGAAUUUCAAAAAGAAAUCUUUUAUAAUUUAUACGAACCAUUCCAUAUAAAUAACAUACAAAGUAUUGUAUCUAUAUUUCCUAAUACCAUAGAAAAGUUCUUUAAACAAUUACCAAAAAUAUAUUUUAAAAGUAUAUUAACUGUAUUUAUUGAAUUAUUUAUUAAAAUGUGGAUGCUUGUGAUCAUUGAAAAGGGCUUCUCAAAUUAUCAUUUUUCGGAUCAACAUAUACAUAUAAUGAAAAAGGAUAAUCAGUUCUUAAAACUUUAUUUAGAAAAUAAUCAAAUUGAAUCUACUCAUAACUUUUUAUCAAAAAAAUAUCAUAUUAAUGAAUAUAUAGAUACCUUUCUUGAUAGUUUAUAUGGAAACCGGGACAUGUUUGAAGAAAUACUUAAUGAACACAAACAUAAGAAGCACAAAAAUAUUGUCUCAUCAGCAUAUAGUAAAGGAAUGGCAAUUAUAAGUGGAGUAAAUCAACAUAUCCAAGAAAAAACCAAAUGGAUGGAAUGA